AUUUCAAACAUUACAGCCCCCACUCUUCCUUCCAAAAGAAAAGGGGAAAAAUAAGAGGAAUGAAAAAAUGUUAGCAUGCAUGUUAAUGUUUCAAUCUUUCGUUGUACUAUAGGCAUUGUAGUUUGUUUCAAUAUGUUGAUCCAUUAGGCUUUCAUGACUUUAUUGUUAGGCUUCAACCUUCAAUUAUCAGGUUACAUGACCGCAAUUUAUACCAAGAAUGUGCAUAUAAUCAUUAAUUCCAAAAAAAAAAAAAAAUCAUUUUCAUUCUGUUUUGGUACACUGCACCAUGCGGGUUGUUCCAUGUACCAGAUUAAAUUUUGGAGUCUUCUUUAUGGCUUGUUCAACAACUUGGGGCUUGUUAUGGCUUUUCCCCCCCCUUCGACUAGAUGUUUAUUAUAUAGGUGUCCCAUGAGAGAUGGCAAACGUGGUGUUCAGGUAUGUUCAUGUCAGUUUACAAAUUAAUCUACUCCUUUUAGGAAAUCACUUUAACUGUAAGAUUUAGGUGGAGUAAACUAAUUGGGAAAUAUACCUAGAUAGAAUUUAAGUAACUUGAAAUCUUAAAACCAAGCAGGGAUUAGAUGCUGCUGUGAUUACUGCAUUUUCCCUAAUCUGUUGGUUUGGAGCCCAAAGUAUUUAAUCGUGCCAUUAGUCUUGGAAGCUGCUUGUAUUUAUGUUGUUAAGAGAUUGUUCAAAAGCUAUUGAUUGUAGGUAUAUUAUAACAGCUAUACGAGAUUCCUAAAAAUACAGCGUAGAUUACUGACUCCUGGAGUGCCCUUUCAUGGUUGGUAAUUACUAAGAUUAAGAAUACCAACAAGUUCCUGAUUAAUGGCCAAGAAUGGUGGCUUUCUCUGUGCUUGAGAGACGGACCAUAGUUUAUUAUUUCCACGUUAGUAAUAUAUUAUUAGUUAAUUUUUUCGGUUUGAAGGGACCUUAUUGCAGGAUGAAACACUUGCUUAAUCAUAAUGCAAGACACUGUUUAUUAAUUUGCUGAAGAUCCAAUGAAAGUUGAGCUGGUCAAACCGUCAUGGCCCACCACUUUAUGGAAGAUAGAGGUCCACAUCAUACAAGGUCUUAGUUUGCUUUGGGCAUAGUGUACAAGUUUCCAGGAUUAGUAAGUUUCUUCCAUUGUUGCUUGGAUUUCUAAACACUAGACAUCUAGUAGAUGCGAUAACCCACAUGGCUUCUACUCUUUUCCUUAAAGUUGUAUCUUGGUGGGUGUGAUUCUUGUGGACCCUUUUCACUUGCCCAUUACCUGCAUCUCGAGGAGUUUUCAAAUCUGAAAAAUAAAAUGGAAAACUUUUUAGGUAUUGCCGUGACGAGCCAAGUGACGAUGGAUGGGGGAUAUUAUUUUUCACCUACAUUGCUAGGAUCUUCUUCAUGGUUUCAUCAUAUAGUCUUGAACGAUGCAUUGGUUUAAGCUGUGUUACUUCUGUGGAACAUCUUUACACGUAUCUCAUUGAGUUCUUAAACAUCCUUAAUCCUCAAUUACAUAUGUUUCGUGGUGCACCUUGCUUGGAGGUGGCAUAUUUUAGCAUGCCACUUGUUUAUGCGGUCCAUUUAAAUGCUAUAGAUUUAGAAUAAUUAGCCAAACACGUUUGUAUGAAACCUUAAUUUAUUGUAUUCUACAAUGUGAGUGACGAAGCAGAACACUUAUCCAAGUAAAUUGUGCUUGUGACCAUUUAACUAUCUUGAUUUGGUGAAGAUACUGUCUAAAAUACUAUAAUCCAAUCAUGCUUAAGCGAUGUAGGGAGGAUCUUGAAAGCAGCAAUUGAAUUUUAAAAGGGUGGCACUUAGAACAAGAAAAAAGAUUAUACAGAAAUCUAAGGAGCGUUGUUCUGGCAUGUAUCUGGCCCAAUAAAUAGACCAAUUGGGUGUUUAGUACGAAUUUGUUCAGGGUAAAAGUCAACCCGACCCCUUUGGUACACGUGUUGGUCCGACAUAAGAUGAUGGGAAUUACAUUGUCGUGACACGUAGCCAACUGCCCUCGCCUAAACCCGUCUGCACUAUUUGGUGCCCUCCAUUUCCAAGUGGAUAUGGCUGGAUCCCACGUGAUUGGCCAGUCAUGUGAUUUCGUGGUGCCCAAUCUCACGGAUAAUAUUCUACCAACAUGGAGAGGAGAGAUUGCUUAAAGUUGAACGGGGCCUUCUUUUCGGCAUCCAAGUACCAUGCAUCUAAAAGACCAAAGUCCUUGGGUGUGUGUAGCUUGCUUCUUGUUCUCACUGGUGCUUUUGGAUUGGCGUUCAACGAGGUACUUCAAGGACAAAGUACAAGAUAUGAAUUUUUAGUUAGUAAUAAACUCGUUAUAUUAGCGGUAGUGUUGCUUUACAUGUUACAAAAAAUUGGGAUAUGUAUAUGGUUUCUAUUGCAAAUUGGUACCACACUUACGAGUAUAGCUCUUGAAAAGAUGGUAUUUUGCAUCACGAAAAUGCUAAAGACACAAUCCAUGUACUUAUAUUGGUACUCAUAAACAGUAAAAAUACUGUUCAUGAGUUCUACUAAUGAGUCUCGCAUCUCUAUCAUUAUCUUUUCCAAUAAUAUAAGCUAGACGUAGCAAAAUGUAUAAUAUUUUCAGGUAAUAGUUAAACCUUAUUGCUCAAUAUUCUUCUUACCAACUCAGGAAUCAAUAUUGACGGCCUGAAUUGACAUUUCAAUCCAAUAAUAAUCUUUCAAAUACCUAAGAUGGCACUGGUUAAGUGUUACCUUAACAAGGGGGACUUGUGGUUAAUUAAGUUUAAUGUUCCUCUUCCCUAAGAGAGUUCUGUCCACUUUGGCCUAUAUUUACAUGGUUUUUGAGGAUCUUACGUGAUUGGUCAUGAGUAAUAAAAUGAAUGCGAUGCAACAAUCUCUCGGGACGAGACCAUAUCUUAUCAAGAGGCCAAUACCAAACCGGCAUGUGUUUACGUAAGUUGUUAUCAAAUUUGCCAUUUUUUUCCAUUUUUUUUCCUUCAUGAAAUAACAUAUUAACAUAGGUUUUAGGAGAGAGUACAUGUGGUCUCUCUCUCUCUCUCUAGAAGUAAUAGUUACCCGUUCUUUUCCAACUUCAUUAGAGAGUGAUUAUUCUUUUUCUUGCUGACUCAUCCGAAGAAGAAAACCCUUUCUCUAUAUUUUCAAAUGUCAUCGUUCAUUUUUGGUCCAAAAUGAAAGAACUAAAAAGACAAAAUAUUUAUCAGAAUAUUAAUCAUUCAGAUCAUUGUGGCAAAGUUGAGAAAUAUUUACAUUAUAAGGCGGUUGCGUUUAGAUAAUAAGGUGAUUUCAGAUAUUUUGUGAAUAGUAAUAAAAAAGUAACGACAAAAUAUUGAAUAAUAGUAAAAAGUAGGUAAAAAUUAAUAAUAAAAUAAUAAAUAGUAAUUAAAUAUUCUCAAAAUAUUCUACUAUCCAAAGAUUCCAAACUAGUAUUUAAACUCCAUAAGCAAAAUUAAGUAAUUCAGAGAACUUAGGGAAUUGAAUUGAAGUCGCCUACAAGUGGGGACAGGUGAGAUUCAGUUGUCGGUCCGGUCAGUGACAGGCAUUUCCAUGCGAAACAUUGGCUUUUUCUGCUCAGCUAUUCCUCCUGUUAGCCCUACCCCGCAUACCCUUCCUUUUUCUCGACUUCCCUUAAUAUUUCUAAUUUACUUCUUUUUAUAAUUCUGGGUCUGGAGCUUAAUUUAUUAUGCUUAUGAGUUGUUGCUUAGUGAUAGUCUGCUCCUUGUUUUUUUUUUUUUUUUUUUUUUUUUUUUCCAAUUUUGUUGUAUUAAUGAGUAUAUAUAUAAAUAUUAAUAAAAGAGAAUUACAAAGGGCCGUUUCCUACAAGAAAAGCUAACCCCAUGCUGCCCAUUUCUCCAAUAAUAAACAAUCCAGGUCAUUUGUUUCAUAAGAGAGUUCAUCAAUCAUCAUGGGAUGAUUACACAAUUAGCUAGAAUCAUCUACUCAGGCUAGUCUGCAAUCCGUUAUUGGGGAACCUCUAGUUCAGUUUAAGUGACCAACCUUUGCUCAAUUGUUUUGCCUGUUUCUUUCUGAUGGAGCACCAACAUAUGCUGAAUUGUAGCCGCAGUUCUAGCAUCGUAUGACAAAGUGAAUAAUGGUACGACCAAGUUAAUGCUAUGAAAGAUCGAGUAAGUUUCAUGAAACUUCACGUAAAUAUAAUUAAUACAAAAAUGCUAUUCAAACUAGUGGUCAUUUAGGCACUUUUAUAUCAUCAUUUGCAUCCUUCGUGUCACCCUAAUUGCCUUUCGAUAAUAGAUGCAUUGAGAUUGGUUCCAACUUUCGUACUUGAAAAAUAUCUUAAGAUCUCUACUUCAUUAUCUACACAAAGGGCUCCUAUGUACAGAGAUGUUCCAGAGUCGACUCACUGUAUUCUCGUCCAUGCGUUUAUAUAUUUUAUAGCCGUGCACAUGGAUUAUAAAUUGGAAGAGAAUGUCUCUGCAUUAGCGGGGUUUUGGGGUUUUAUAUAAUUAGCUAUAAAAGUUGAGAGAUUAGAGAAGAGAGUUUGAAUACAGAGUCCUCAUAUAGGUGGGAGCUGGGAGUGGUUAAAGGCCGUCUUUGGGAACUUGAACCAAUAGAAAAAUCAUUCCCAGCUUGCCCAUAAAACUCAGCAAACCCCCAUCGUUUUAAAUGCACAAAGCUUAACUGUCAUUGGCUCUUAAGAUCCGCUUUGAACGCCUCAGUCUAGCUUCCGCAUACUUCAUUUCACCCGCCAACUCCUUCAACUUUCGAUAACUCUCAGAGAUUUCCAUUCCGUCGUGAAGAUGAAGCUUUUCAGUUGGAUGCAAAAUAAGCUUAACGGGAAACAAGUGAACAAAAAACCACAUACAGCUUCCACUACGAAUCAUGUGAAACAAGAGCCACGUGAAGAAUUCAACGACUGGCCCCAUGGCUUGCUAGCAAUUGGAACUUUUGGGAACAAUGAUCUGAAAGAAAAUCCAGAAAGCCAAAAUAGUCAAGAUGAUCCAUCUUCAUCUGAAGAAGUACUAGAUUUUACUCCAGAAGAAGUUGGAAAGUUACAAAAGGAGUUGACAAAGCUCUUGUCACGUAAACCAAACAAAGAGAAAGAAGUUGCAGAUCUUCCUUUGGACAGAUUCCUUAAUUGCCCAUCAAGCUUGGAGGUUGAUCGAAGAAUUAGUAAUGCUCUUUGCAGUGAAUCUGGUGAUAGAGAGGAAGAUAUCGACAGGACAAUUAGUGUCAUAAUUGGUAGAUGUAGAGAAAUUUGUGCAGAUAAUAAAAAGAAAGCAAUUGGGAAGAAAUCAAUUUCCUUCCUUCUCAAGAAGAUGUUUGUUUGUAGAAGCGGGUUUGCACCAGCACCCAGUUUAAGAGAUACACUUCAGGAGUCAAGAAUGGAGAAGCUUUUGAGAGUAAUGCUUCACAAGAAGAUCAACCCUCAAAAUACUUCUCGGGCAUCAUCAGUGAAGAGAUAUCUAGAGGACACACAGAUACCAAAGAAGAGAUAUGAUGAUGAAACGCAGGAGAAGACCAAUGAUGGAGGCAAAUGGGUCAAGACAGAUUCUGAAUAUAUCGUUCUAGAGAUAUGAAUCUACCUAACUCUGCAAUCAUUACAGUUACAAGAUUCAAAUGUUUAUGCUUUUGAGUUUUGAGGAACUCAGACAUCAGGAUUACCGACCAUCAAGAAAGUUUUAAUGGUGGCUCAUGAUCAGAAGACCACAAAAUGUAUUGAUACAGAUACUGUCUCUGUUUUCGAAGGUGCUCCCCCUUUUUUUCAUGGUUAUCUGUGGACACAGUACAACCCAUGUUAUCGUCAAAAAGGAUUUCUGUAGUCUGUACUAGCAAGUGGCAAGGCUAGACAUUAUCUACAUUUUUCAUCCGAUUCUAUACUCUUUUUUUCCCCUUCUCCCUGCAUAGUUCCUCCCUUUGUAAGAUAUUUGAUGGUGAAUAACAUUGGAUUGAGACCUUGAAUCAUGAAGA